ACUCACUUAAAGUGUAUAGAAAAAAUUCAAGUAGAUUUCAAUUGAAAAUAAGAACAUCGAAGUUUAAAUAAAAGAAAUUUCGCUCAAAAUUUUAUGUGAAGUUGUGUGUUUUGACCAGAAAAAUCAAUAGUCUAAGCCAAAGCGAACCUAAAAAAGUAGUGACUAAGUCGCAAUGUCGUACCUUCGUUGGCUGUGUGCCAUGCACUUCGCCAAGCUGACGCGUUAUAGCAGCGCCCUCGUGGAAACAGUGAAUGCCUUUCGUCUGCACCGACAGCAGAAAACUUUGGCGUGUGAAGCAGCGGCGAAAGCACGUGCUGAGUUUUGGUCACGCUUAGCUGAAAAACUUCGCCGAAUUCGAACUGAACGUCCAACAUUUCGGCGCAAAUCGAUACAGUCUCGAUGUCUGAAUCAUGAGCAUCCAACCAAAAUGCAUGCGCAUGAGACAGGCACCGAAGUUGUGAAAGAUUCUGGGAGUUUUCGCUCAGCCGCAAAACAAGUUAACGAAUGUAGAUUUAAUGGAGAACCAGGGAAUCAAACGCCGCAACCAACCACUGCGUUGUCCACUGUGCUUCGGAGUAGCCUCCGUAAAACAAGAGAAACGAUCAGUAAGCUGUCAGAACAACAAAAGCAAUCACUCAGAGGCGUGCUGCAACAGCUCCAAGAACAGCGACAGUCCUCAGCAAAGUCAGCUAGUAAAAAAAGCAUCGCAACGUCGCGAAAGCCACUUACAUUGCAUGCUAUGUCAAAGAGUUGUACCAGGUCCGAGGGAGAGCCGCCAGGCGAGCUACAACAACUUGCGCCGCAAGCAGAUGAAAAAACUGCCACCAAAGCAAAUAAAUCGCAUGAUGAACCCAAUGUGUUGGUGCGUUCGACCGCACAUAACCAGUCGAAGCACAAAACACUGCUACCUCUGCCCACUAUGCAAAAGUGCUAUUCCCCAUGUCAGUCGUCGGAGAUGCAAAAGGCAAUGCUUUUGCCUGAGAGACCGAAUAUACUGGUGUUGCCCGAAAUGAACGAUCCUCUUUUGACGCUGCAGAAGCAUGCCUCAUCUGCAUACUAUAGGCUACAACAGUUGUCUGAGAAAACUAGCAAGCAACCAUUGAAAUCGCUGCCAGCUCCGGCCAAUACCCUAAAAUCCUCUGCGGAUCGCCAGAUAUCGACUGCACCUCAUGCUUGUCGCCUACCAACACAGGUUGCCACCUCUAUGAAAAUACUUGUAACAGAGGUUUUGGAUAAACCCAAAACCAUAUCCUUACCUGCUGGACGUUCUGUUUCUGAACGCCCAAAGCGUAGUGUGCACAUUGAAGAGAAGAAACGGGGUCCUGUGCAAGCAGAAUAUCAACAGUAACAAUACAAAUAAUUAAAAUUUAUUCAACGGAAUUAUUUUCGAGCAUUUUUGAAAUAAACCCAAGCAAGAUAAAAUUUAGUAGUUUCAAGAAAUAUCUACAUAAGUGUUCGCUUGGAAUCAACUUUGAAUAAAUUUGCA